AUGACAGUCACUGAGUUGAUAGCAGUCCACCAAGACCAAACUAUCUGGGAUUGGAUCUUUGAGUCUCCCAAAUUCAAUUCACUGCAGAAAUCACCCGAAAAGGUCGGGGGAUAUGUCAAUACAAAGACGAAGCAGCGCCUUGGCUAUGGCGAAGUCAAGGAGCUUGCGACCUAUCUGUCGAUGGCGCUCUACCAAGACCACAACAUCCGAGCCGGUGAUCGUGUGAUCAUCUUCAGUGAAAAUAGUAUUUGGUAUCCCGUUGCUAUGUUUGGUACCAUUCGACUGGGAGGCAUCGCCUCAGGAGCAUCUCCAUUUCAUUCUAUCAACGAAAUGAGCCAGAUGAUCCAGGUGGCCCGACCGGCGGUCAUCUUCGCAUCUCUGACACAUUUGCCAGUGGCCUUGAGCAGUGCUAAGGUCAAUGGUAUGCGUCAAGAGCAGGUUAUUUUGUUGGAGGGCAGAGCGGAUGGCACUGCCAGCCUGGCAAACCUGAUAUCCCGAGGGAAAGAAUUUGCUCAAACAGACCAAGUCCCCAGCUACCAAGUGGCACAUGGAAAAACAAAUGGAGACGUUUGUGCAUUUUUGGGUUUUAGCAGUGGCACGACUGGCCACCCAAAAGGAGUAAUGCUAUCUCACAAAAACGUGAUUGCACAAUGUUUGCAGCUUAGACAGGUGACGGUCCCAGGUCUCACCAGAACCAUUGCUGCUUUGCCAUUUUUCCACGUCACUGGCCUCGUACACUCUCUCAAUUUUCCCGCUGCACAGAACAUGGAGGUGGCCAUUUUGCCAGAGUUCACGAUGAAAGGGAUGCUAGAGGCCUUGGUCGAAUACCAAAUUGAAGAGUUGCUUCUCGUCCCGCCAAUUGUCAUUCGACUCGUGCAGGAGCCGAUUGUAGAUCAGUAUGACUUGUCGCGUCUGAAGCGAUUUUUCUGUGGUGCAGCACCUCUCAGUAAGAGCGUUAUCGCGCAGCUCCGGGCCAAAUUCCCCCACACAGGCUUCAAACAGGGAUACGGAAUGACCGAAUCUUGCUCGGCCGUUACCCUGUGCCCACCGGAAAUGUACUCCUACGACAAUGCACACACUGUUGGGGUGCUUCUGGGGAGCACGGAGCUAAAGAUUAUCGGCGAAGAUGGACGAGAGCUGGGGGUAAACGAACCGGGUGAGAUUUUGUUACGUGGACCGCAAGUGGCCAUGGGGUAUUGGAAAAAUCCCAAGGCCACGGCGGCAACUUUUGAUGCUGAAGGUUUCCUCCAUAGCGGUGAUCAGGGAAUGAUAGACGCCAGUGGGCUUGUCACUAUCACAGAUCGACUGAAGGAGUUGAUCAAGGUCAAGGGAGUGGGGGUUGCUCCGGCGGAGCUCGAGGACUUGUUACUCAGUCACGCCAGCGUGGAGGAUUGUGGAGUUGUCGCCAUGCCGGACGAAAGAGCCGGGGAAAGACCCCAGGCAUUCGUUGUCACCAAGGGGUGUCUACCAAGCCCGCAAUUGGGUCACGAAUUGAUGGAGCUCGUUCGCAAGAGCAAGGCGCGCGAGAAGUGGAUUCACGAAAUCGUGUUUGUGGAUUCGAUCCCGAAAAGUGCCUCGGGCAAGAUUCUUCGGCGGCAACUGCGGAUGCAGCCACAAGACGCAAAGCUCCCUCGAGGCUUGACGGUGAGAUGGACACAGUCACAGGCCCGUCUGUGA